AUGUCGACGCGCCCACCUUCGCGUGUUGUCUUUGUUGGCAACAUCCCGUACGGACUGUCGGAGGAACAAAUCACCGACAUAUUCAGCGACGCUGGCAAGGUCGAGCGCUUCCGCCUCGUUUACGACUCCGAGACGGGCCGUCCCAAAGGCUUUGGCUUCGCUGAGUACCCCGACACAGACUCUGCCUCCUCGGCCGUCCGAAAUCUAAACGACUACGAAAUCAUGGGCCGCAAGCUGCGCGUCGACUUUUCCCACGAGCAAAAAGCCUCCGAUGAUGACUACACACCUAAUGCUGGCACCACGUCCAACGGAACCUCGCACACGGCCCAACCGUCGUCGCUGCCGCCGCUGCCUCCCGGCAAAGACAUCCCGCCGGGCCUGACGUGCACCGAUGCCAUUUCCCGGACGCUCAACACGCUCCCGCCCGCACAGCUCCUCGACAUCCUCACACAGAUGAAGACGCUGGCCACGACGGAUCCCCAGCGCGCCGCAGAGCUACUGCAGCAGGCACCGCAGCUUGCGUACGCCGUGUUCCAGGCGCUGCUCCUCAUGGGCCUGGUGUCUCCCGAGGCUAUCCAGUCGGUCAUUGAACCGGGCGCGCCGUCCGCCCCCACCGUGCCGCAGCAGCAGCAGCAGCAGCCUGCAAGCUACGGCGUCCCUGCUGGCUACCCACAGGCGCAAGCGACCAACACGCCGCCGGUCGCCCCAGCCGCUGCUGCGGGUGGCCAGGACACGGACGGCCUCAUGCGCGCGCUGAUGGAGCUCCCCCAGGCACAGAUUGACAUGCUACCCGAGUCGGAAAAACAACAAGUUAUGGCGCUGCGAGCAGCCUUUGUCGGUCAGGGAAGGCGAUGA